CCAUUUUCGUCUCUUUCCCUCCUCCUGUUCUGUGCUUUACCCUCCUUCCUUCCCUCUCUAAAUCCGUGGGUUAUUUUAUCGAAUUUGCGUCUCUAGUCCCUGAAUUUGAAUCCUAUAUAACUUUCAACAGAUGAUGCUUUACUUCACUUCCUAACCCACACAAGUAUAGGGUUUUCUGUAAUUAGCUCUUUCUUCUUCAAUGGCGAUCAGAGGUGCAGGUUUUAAGUGGUACGAUGGAUUCUUUCUAUCAAUGCUUGCGUUUAGCAUAAUCAUGGUUGUCUUUAGUUGGGAGCGUUACCAUCUUUGUAAAUUACCAUUGCAGCUGUGGAUAGCGGUUGAUUAUGCGGCCGUCUUUGUUUUCCGCCUCUUGAUGUUUGUGGACAAUGCGAUCGCGGCUGGAGUUGGAUUGGAUAUCAGUCGGCAACUAAGAGGCCCGCAUCUUUUAGGAAGAGUUUUGGUUCUGUCUAUCCUCUAUGUGGUGUUAUAUCCCUUUCUUUGGGCAUGGAGCGUUGUCGGGGCUAUAUGGUUUGCUGGUGCAAAGAACUGUUUGCCUGAAAAAAACCAGAAAUGGGGUUUCAUCGUGUGGUUGCUUUUCAGCUUCUGUGGACUCGUAUGUCUUGCUGGUAUUUUUGUUAAGAAGUGGUUAGCAAGUAGGCAAGAUCAUUUACGACGUGCUCCACAGGGGACUCGUAUUUCAGCAUAUGGGGUGUUGGUCAAUAUGAUUCGUCAGCCAGAUCGGGUGUUCGAAACUGCCGCUCAAGAGAUGAGAGGCAUGGAUCAAGAUGCUACAUAUUAUCCCGGGAUGAACUUGUCCGAUUCCCAGCGGGCAGCGGUGGAGACGGUGAUUCAACGACUUCCGAUCUUCGUUCUGAAAGCGGUUCCGCCAGAUUGUAGCGACUGUCCAAUUUGUUUGGAAGAGUUCCAUGUCGGGCAAGGGGUUCGUGGCCUUCCAUGUGCUCAUAACUUCCAUGUGGCAUGUAUCGAUAAAUGGCUUAGACUAAACGUCAAAUGCCCUCGAUGCCGAUGUUCCGUCUUUCCCAAUCUCAACCUAAACGACCUAUCCACCAUCCCGGUUGAUCCCGAUCGUUCAACCGUCUCAACUUCUCACCAUAUUCGAAUCCAACCAUCUAGCUAUCUUGUCAGAAUGCAGAGUUUUCUCCUUCCAAUCCGCUCAGAAGCCGCACAGCCGGUCGACUCCAGUCCUAGCUCGAACUCAAGUUCAAGCUCCAGCCCUGGUACCGCUUUGUUAUUUGUCGAAAAUGGAGGUGAACCAUCCUCGAGCCAUGGUCUGGGUGCGAUCCUGGAGCCUGUACAGUGAAUAUUUCAGUUGGUUCUCCCUAAUUCAAUGAAUUGAGGGAGUAAAUCUUUUUGGUUCCGUUUAUGAGUUUUAAUGUAAUUUGUCUCAAAUGUAUGUUCAAACUUCAAAACCAGU